ACGUCAGCACUGUAAAUAGAAGCGCCGGAAGCGCUUCGUGGCGCUUCGGAAAGCUACCGGUCGUCUUCGCGUUGCGCAUCGAUCUCUCAUUACACGCGAUCGGAGUCAUCAGACUUGAUUGAAGUUUUUCGAGAUUUGACGUCUCUCGUGCUUAGAUCGUCGAAGCAAUCGCGAAAAUGGCCAGCUCUCCGGUGCUGAAUCCGGAAAUCCCAUAUGUGGGAAAGGUGGAAGGAGGUUUGAGAGCAGGCACUAUGGUGACAAUACGGGGCGAAGUGCCACCUCAGGCUGUACGAUUCGCCGUCAACUAUCAACUAGGACCGACGUUAAAUCCAAGGGACGACAUAGCCAUUCACGUGUCCCCACGUUUCCCUGAAGGUUUUGUUACCAGAAAUAGCAUAGAAUCGAUGACCUGGGGCGUGGAGGAGAACUCUGGUCCAUUAUGGAUUCAUCCUGGUCAGAAAUUUGAAAUGAUAAUCCUAUGCGAUUAUCACUGCUACAAAAUUGCCAUAAAUGGCAGGCACUUCGCAGAAUUCGCUCAUCGAUUACCAUUCAUAAAAGUUACCCAUCUGGUUAUCGACGGUGAUGUUGAGAUACACUCUAUCAGUUUUGAACAAGUAUCGGUUGAUCCACCAAAGUCUCCUGCUACAGCGCCAGAGGGUGUACCAGCUGCUGAUUUUGGCCCACCACCACCUGGAGGAUUGUAUCCAACGAUCCAACCGCAGGGUGGUUAUGGACCUCCUCCAGCUGGUUAUGGACCUCCACCACCAGCUGGUUAUGGACCUCCUCCGCCAGCUGGUUACGGUCCUCCUCCUGAUGCUUAUGGUGGUCCUGGUGGUUACAAUCCACCCAGAGGCUAUGGAUAUCAACCUGAGAAGCCUGAAGAAGAAGGUGUCUUUGGAGAUUGUUUAGACAAAGUUGGAUUAGCACUAGGCGGAUUAGUGGCGGCUGGAGGAGUAGCGGCAGCCAUGCACGCGAUGAAUAAGAAGAAGGAAGAAAGUGACGAGAAGGAUCACGAAAAAACAGACGCUGCUAAAUCGAAAACAGAAAGUGAAGGUGGCUUUGGAAAUUUAGCUGGGUCUCUCGGAAUGGCUUUAGCUAGUAGUCUGGCGAGCAGCGCCUUGCAAGGCAACGCACACGCGCAGCAAGGCUAUCCUACCCAGCCGCAAUCGGGCGGUGGCGGUGGCGGUGUAUUGGGCUCUAUUUUGGGAGCCUUGGGUGGUGGAGGAUCUCAACAACCUGCCUAUUCUUCAAAUCAGCCGCCUGCCGGUGAUUUGGGCGGAACGUUAGGAUCUUUAUUUGGCGUUUUGGGCGGUGGUGGAAGUCAUCAGCAACCAAAAGUGUAUCAACCAUCGGGAGGCUACGGCGGCUAUCAACCGUCAGGCGGUCAAAUUUCUAGCGAAUCAGAUCUCUUAUCGGGAAUAGGAAGUGCCUUGUUUAAUUCGGCUUUGGACGGUCUAAGCAAACGUGGAAAAGAUAAAUCUCAUCACGAACAUCAUUCCGGACCCCCUCCGAGUUACGAGCCUUCCCCACCAAUGCCACAAUCAGCUCCGCGUCCGGAAACUCCACCGUCUUCGGGCGGACACAAAUUAACAGCGGACGAAAUUUCGAAGGGACUUGGACUGGAUGAUUAAAUGCGUUUCAAUGACACCGAAAGAAACCUUAGUUUAUAAAUACACGCACAUAGUGUAACGAUUUUAUGCUCUCUGAUUGCUUGAAAAUGUAAUCUCCAUUUGAUCGCGAAUCUCAUUGAAAUGAUGCGCGAUGUAUUCGUUUGCCUUUUGAACCAGUAGAUUUUUAAUCAUACUGGCAGCUAUAUAAGAUAUAGAAAUGCGAGCAACUAUCUCUCGAUAUUAUAUAUAUAAAUGAUUCUCGUACAAUUGAUAUUAAAUAGAAUUAAGUUUGUUCCAAAACUGCUUUUAAAGAUUUUAAAGAUUGCAUAUCUUUUAGAUAGAAGACAAAUCAGAAACUAUACUUAUAUAUUACAAAUAUAAUUAAAUAUAUGUCUUUACGAAGCCUUCCGCGUGAAAUAAUCCAUAAUUGAAAAAAUAUCCAUAAUAGUGCAGAUAUAUAGGAAUGAGAAGUUAACAUAUUUUUUAAGAUUAUAUUUUUAUAAGCAUAUUUUAUUGUUUUAUAAGAGAAAGUGUGGUUAAACAGAAGGUCUUAAACAGAAAUAUAUAAUAUAUAUGCCUUAUAUUUAUAUAUGAAUGUUUAUAUACAUAUACAUACAUAUACACAUACAUAUAUAUAUAUAUAUAUAUAUAUAUAUAUAUAUAUAUAUAUAUGUAUGUAUGUAUGAAUUGCACAGAUAACGUAUAAUUGUUAUUUAUUAUUUAUAUAAAAAAAUUAUAUAUAUACAUCUCACAGCAAAUAAAAUACAUUAUAUAUUA